UUUCAGAAUUUCUAGCGGAAUACUUCAAUUAAUUGGAGGUUUAUCCCGUAUGUUUCAUUAAACGUACAAUAGUAGCAAUGUUUAUAAUAUUCUUUUACCUCCACGCCUUUUCUAUGCAUCUUCCUAGUACUUCAUCCGGCAAACGCAUCGUAUCUGCGGAACUAUAAAUAUAAAUGCAAAUCUAUGUGAACCAUAUGACUGCACAUCGUGUAUAUGCAUUUGAUAUUGCCUUGUAUAAGCCCAAACGGUUCGACAAAACAAGAUUUUUGUUAUAAACACUGCAGUAUGAACUGCCUGUACUUUAUCGUCUGUUUUAUUAUAAUUUACUCAUCAGUUAUUGCAGCACCAGUUCAGAAAAAGAACCAGAACGGAGAUAAUUCUGGGAAAUCCAUACAACAUAGAUAUCAUGGAUCGAGUGACGAUCAUCAUUACAAAAAGGAAAAAACAACAGCAGCAUCACCACAUGAAUCAGUAACAAUCGGAACAAAAGUAAAUGGUACAAGAAAAAUAUCAGCAGAAUCUUCCUUAGAGAAAUUAACAGGAACAUCAAGAUCUAUCAGAUCACCAGAGUUUACAAGGGUAACGUCAUCAAUAUCAACAGGAUGGCCAAAGUAUGGUACAUCAGUACCGGUAGAUACGACGGUGUACGACACACCAACUAUACCAGCACAGAAGCCAAGUUACGAAACUUCAGCAUAUGAUAUAUCAACCUACGACAUCACCCCGUACAAAACAUCGACUGUCUCUUUAUUGUAUGACAUACUGACACAUACAACGACGUACGAAGCACCAACAUAUGACAUUGCAACAUACAACCUAUCAACGUACAACAUAACAUACAACGUAUCAACAUACAAUACAUCAACAACAUAUAAUACGUCAACAUAUGACCACACAAUGGUAUAUGGUAUAUCAACAUAUGAUAUCCCAAUAUAUGAUACAACAUAUGACACAUCAACGUACGACACGUCAACAUAUUACGCAUCAACAGAUGCAACAAUAGAACCCCCAACAUACAACACACCGAUAUACAAUAUAUCAGCAACAUAUAACAUAACAACAAACACCUCAAACUACGACUCCUCAAUAUAUGAUACUUUAACGUACGGCACAUCAACGUACGGCACAUCAAAAUAUGUCACACACCCUUACGAUUCAUCAACAUACCACUCAUCAGCUUACGACACAUCAACGAAAGAUAUAUUUUAUUCUGCUGUAUCAGAAUAUGAGACCUCAACAGAGACAUCAACAUACGAUGCAUUAAUAGAAUCGUCAAUAUACAACGCCUCAAUAUACAACACCUCAACAGCAUACAACAUAACAACAAACACGUCAACAUACGAUUACUCAACAUACGCUACAUCAACUUACGGCACAUCAGCAUACGGUACAUUCCCUUACGAUACAUCAACACACCACGUGUCAGCUUAUAGCACACCAGAGUACAACAUAUUCACCUACGAUGUAUCACCGUAUUACACAUCAGCAGAGACAUCAACAUACGAUACGUUGCCACAAUCAUCUAAAUACAACACAUCAACGUACAACACAUCAACAGAAUACGACAUAACAAACACAUCUACCUACGACGCAACAACAUAUGGUUUCUCAACAACAUACGGUACAUCAAAUUACGACGCACAAUCUUACAAAUCGACAACGUACGAUAUAUUUGAAUAUGACAGUUUGGACUACGAUGCACCAAUAUAUGAUACAUCAACAGAGACUUCAACAUAUGACACAUUAACAGAAAUUUCAACAUACAAUACGUCAGGAUACAAUAUAUCAACAUACAAUAUAACAGCAAACUCAUCAAUGUAUGACAACUCAAUAUACGACUAUUCAAUAUACGACACAUCAACAUACGAUGCAUCUACAUACGGUACAUCUACAUACGGUACAUCUACAUACGGCUACUCAACAUAUAGCACAUCAACUUACUACCCACCAAAGUAUGACUCAUCGAAAUACGAUGCAUCAACUUACGACACGCCAACUUACGACUUGGUCGGGCACGACGAAUCAACAUACGACGUAUUAAGUAAAACAAAAACAAACGGCACAUCAAAACAUAAUGCAUCAUCGGCCAUACAUGACACAUCGCAAUACAAUGCAUCAACAUACAACGCACCGUAUUAUAUAGGAUCGACCACACAAUAUUACCCAAAGCAUCACAAACCUCAUAAGCAGCCCCAGAAGCAUCACAAAACUAUUUGGCCAAAUGAUAUUGACUUUGUAAAUCUUAAAGCUUUCAUUCUCGGAUACGGUCCCACUAAUAAGAACAACAUAAAGAAGUCGAAGCAUAAUUUAUUUAAAAAACGAUAG